AUGUCUUCUGACACCGUUUCCACUUGUGGAAGUGUAGCAUACACCAGCGCAACGUCAUCCACCGGAAAAGACGCGAGAUCCACGCCACCGGGCUCCCCGCGGCUGUCCUUUCAGCAUCAAACCCCAUCUGUCGGUUUCAGCCUCGAAGACCUGAAUAACGACAACCAAGUCGAUCCCAUGGCCAACACUGCCGCGUGGGUGACCGAGCUGGAAGAGGUCCAUGUCGAUGCUCUACCCAUUCCGCAGUGGUACAUCAACCAAAGUCUCGCAAUCCCACCUGUGGUUGAAGACCUGUCGAUCUGGCUUGCAAGGGAGUUCCCUGACGAGAAGACCAGCGGUGUCGGAUCUCCUCACCAUGACCAAAACCUUCCGACGGAAACCUUGAAGAGUGGCGAUGAUGACCAGGAGUCCGAUGACGUCGAGAUUGUGUAUGAGGAGGUUGAAUUGGAGGAGGAGCCAGAUACACUGGCGGAGCUUGCGCAGCUGCUUGGAAUCUAG